GAAUGCUGUCUUGUCUUCAUGUUUGUGCUGUGUGUCUCUUCUGUCUUUGUUGGGUCUGUUCAGUCCGUGAGCGUCUUGAUUAGUGUCUGACUAACGCUCCAUCUCAUAAAUACUUGUACACAUCAGUAAUUUUAUGUAUCAGAGCAGUUGUUGGCAUCAUAUGCAUGAGUAGGACUGGCAGUGUGCAUAGCUUCAUAGACAUGGGGGAGUUAGUAUGCAGCAGUUCCAGCUAAUAAUAAACACAGGGCUGUGUUUUACAAGGGUGGAUUAAUGCUGAAGCAUAUUGUUAGAGAGUUGCUGUAAGUGUUAGAAGUUUUAACUGUGUGUCCGGCUUUUGUUCCAGGAAUCAGUAUGUACACAUAGCGGAUAAACAUUGGCCCUGAUUGGUUUUGUUUGUUUCAUUUUGUUUUGGAGUCUGCCUUGGAAACUGCAUUUUAUUAAAUAAAACUGGAUGGCAUACAAAAGAUAAAGCAAAGGUGCUUCAGGAUUUUUUGCAAAACUCAGGCUACAGGGGGGAACUGUAAACAUCCUGAGCAACAGCUCUGAGGAUUCCAAAGACCACAGUAAUCAUUGUAAAACUGUGUAAAAGUGGAUCAGGAGGAAGAGUUUUAAAAUAAUGGCGUAUCUGAAACUGAUCAAGUUCUCAUCACAGUUUGGACUCCUAUCUGAGAUGAAUGUAAGAUUCAUUCUUAGAGUCACUUCUGAAUUUAGGACGGUUCCAUCAGGGUACUUUUGGACCAAAACACCUGUGGUGUCUGAGGAUUCUUUUGUUUCUUAAAUUGAACUGGUUUUAUUUGCCAACUAGUGAUGCCUUCAUGGAAAAAAUAAUGUUUCCCUGUAAUGAAUUUGAAAUGGCCCCUGUGAUUUUUUACUCCUAAGCAGUCGGCAUGCUUUGGAGCUCUGUUUAAGGAUGGAUGUGGUUGCCUUGCAUUGCGUACUUCUGCCCACGGCCUGUGCAGCAUUGCUGUAAAGUCAGUCUGCUCCACAUGUGAAGGGUGGGAAUGUCUGCUGGGUCACUUCUGUGCUGUGGAGGCCAGGUUUUUAAAGAAGAUUUCUGUCUUUGUCAUCUCAUGGGUCAAGAUUUCCCCCUUUGCUUUGAUGUAUGGCAAUAGCUCUGAUUUUGUUGUUUUUUUUUUCUCGUGUUUUACAGUGGUUUGAAUUUUAUUGACUUGAUGGUGCGACAGGGGAAUAUUGACAACCCCCCUAAGACGCCACUUGUUCCUGGCUUUGAGUGCUCUGGAAUCGUAGAAGCUCUUGGAGAUAGUGUGAAAGGAUUUGAGAUUGGAGACAGAAUCAUGGCUUUUGUAAACUACAACGCGUGGGCUGAAGUUGUUUGUACCCCGGCAGAAUUCGUCUACAAGAUCCCAGAUGACAUGAGUUUUUCUGAAGCUGCUGCAUUUCCCAUGAACUUUGUAACUGCUUACAUGAUGCUCUUUGAAGUUGCUAACCUAAGAGAGGGCAUGUCUGUGCUGGUUCACUCUGCAGGAGGUGGGGUGGUAAGUUGGAGCUUCUCUUAAUUUCCUGUCAAGUCAAUGAAAUAAGCCAGAUGCUGCGGUUCGAUUUGAAAUCAGUCUUUCUUAUGUGAGGGAUUGUGGUGCAGGAGCUACAUGAGACAAUGAUGCAGGCUUUUGGUGAAAUAAAAAUGCUCUGACAAUCAACUCUACCCCAAAAAGCACCGAAAGCCUGUAUGAGGUACUCAGAAAUGAACAAGUAAGUGUUACCUCAGACUUUGUAUCCCUGCCUUUCUGCACUUCGUACUUGUUCAUAGCGAAAGAAGGCUGUAAUGAAAGGAUUAAAUGAAUCAGCUCCCUGCAUAAGGUCCUCAUGGUAACUGUAAUUCUCCUUGCAGAAAAUGGCCCUACUGGAAUAUUCCUACAGAUACUGUGUGCAGGUGUGAUGUUUCUUUGUGGAAGGCAGUAUACUUUUUUCCUCUGUUGGGAUUGAGAACAGUGGAAAACAUUAUUGUGCCAAAUCUGAGGAAAAUGUCGUACAAAUGCAGAAUUUGAGUCAGAGGUGGCUGCUGCGUGCCAUGAUUUGGGUUGUCAGUAAAGAGGCGUUGCACUGCAUAGGCAAGGCAAUGGCUGAAUGGAUUGGGUGGAACACCAGGGCACACAGUGACAUGAGAAGCCCACACUUGGUGUUAUCAAUUGCUUGAAAUAUCUUUAUCUCUCUUGAAUAAAAUAUUAAGGUACCUACAAGGAAAUAUGUUUAUGUUGGAAAU